CUUAUCUGUUUAUGUACGUUUUAUAAUUUACGUUGAUUAAGUGCAUCGCUUGACGCCAUCGCUGCAGCAAAAUGCAACGCUUCGCGUUUUGCCCACCGCGCAUAAAACUUCUCCAACAGCCGUCGCAGUAGGCUUUGUUACUUCAGCAGAUGAAAAUUUGCUCAUUGUUUGUUUGAAUUGAAAGAAGUCAAGAUGCACAAUCGCUUUCUGUCCGCGUUGGUGCCACUGGUGAUCGUGGUCAGUGUUUUUGCGGUAUUUACUGCUUCCGUAGGACCGGAAGCUGUUCUUAUCGAAUCAGCGUGUGUGUUCCGGAACGAUCCCGGCACGGAAAUUAUGGCUUCGGGCAGUCAACUACCAGACGAAGUGUUUCUUGUGGCUAUUCGAUGCCAAGUAACUGAUUGGAGCGUGAAGUGUUGGAGUGUAAUUGGAAUGCGAAUGGAUCAGUUCAUAAAUUUGUUUGAACUGAAGUUUGAAAUUGAACUGAUAAUUGGCAAUGAUAGUUCAUCACGCGCAAGAGAAUGUUCAAAUACAAUUAUAAACGAGAACUCGAAUCAUUUAUCUAUAGUGGAUAAAGCUCAUGCUGUUAUGCCAUGGGUCGAGACGAAGUUCAGGAAAGAUGAUGAAGUUACUAGUUGUCCUGAUGAAAAUAUACCGCUUCUAGCAAGCGCAUCAGAUGAAAUGCCUUCAAGAACUCCAUAUAAUAGAGAAAAACUCUCGAAAGAUACAGUGGAAUUGUCAGUUCCACCACCGGAGCAACUGUUCGCGAACAUGACGACAAAUUCGUUCCAUCCCUUACUAGACGCAGUUCUUCAACCACCAUCAAAAACGAUAACCUCAAAGCAAUCUGCUUUUCACUACAAAUACAUAACAUUACCUAUUUAUUUAUUUACAAUUUAUUUUUAUUUUUUCUUUUUCAAUUAUUUAGUUAUUAUCGUUAAUAAGAAACCAUUGCUCCCAUCGCCAUAUAUUAUUGCUUCUUCUGGUUCAGAUAAGCCAGCGGUAGCUUCUGCUAACAACAUUAGAGUUAUUCAACCCAUAAAAGCAGCCUCACGAGAAGAUGCAAAUCAAUGUAGCAGCGAGAUAUUUGAGGAUGCACUUGGCGUUAUUCCUGAAAAUUGGAGUUGCCCCAUUUCAAAACAAGGUUUGUCAACAAUCGGGGAAUUUGCAGCUGCUCCAGCUCCCCCAAAUGAUCGUACAGACUUCUGCAAUCCAUCUAGUUCAGCUCCGUAUAAUCCUGUAUUACCACGCAAAGAUGAAACAAACAUCGACGCUACAAUAAUAAAUCUGGCUCGCUCCGCCCUAGACCUUGCCUAUUCUCGGUCUAAUCCGUUUAUGUAUGAAGAAUUGCACCUAGAACUAGAUAAGAUUCUACGGGAAAUGCCCAUCCUAGAAGCAAUGAAAUUCGGCAUCACAAUUCUUGAACAAGGCAACGCAAUUAUAAAAAAAAAUCCAAAGCCAACAAGCAUAAACUAG